CAGCUUUGUCAGACAUGCCGGAUGGCUGCUUUACACUUCACAUACCGUAAUUCCUUCAUAAGGGAGCAUAUAUUGCUUAGUUCUCGCUGCCACAUACCUUGAACUUCUCAUUUCACUCGUACCUUGCUACAAUGGACGCCGCGAUCGACCUCUCCGACGCCUCCAAGGCGCUAGAUCUCGCAAACAUCCGCUUCCAGCUCAUCCGGUUAGAGGACACGAUCACCUUUCAUCUUAUUGAGCGCGUCCAAUUCGCCUUGAACAAGACGAUAUACCAACCAGGCGGAGUCGACAUACCCGACAGUUCCCUGAGUCUGAUGGACUGGAUGCUCCGCGAGCAGGAACGACUCCAAUCGCUGGUUCGUCGAUACCAGUCACCGGACGAGUAUCCUUUCUUCCCCGACGUCCUACAAACACCGAUUCUGAAGCCGUUGAAUUAUCCAAAGAUCCUACACCCAAACAACGUCAAUGUAAAUGCGAAGUUGAAAGAAAGCUACAUCCAUCAUAUCCUUCCCGCAGCAUGCGCGCACCCGGAUCGGGAAGAUAGGGGCGAACAGCAGGAGAACUAUGGAUCCGCAGCAACCUGCGAUGUUCUGUGCCUCCAAGCUUUAUCGCGGCGCAUCCAUUUCGGAAAGUUCGUAGCCGAAGCGAAGUUCCAGAAAGAGCCGGAGCGAUUCGUCAAGCUUAUCAAGGCAGAGGACAGGAAAGGCAUCGAUGAGGCUAUCACCGAUGCCAAGGUGGAGAAGAAGGUACUCGAGCGGUUGAGAUUGAAGGCGAAGACUUAUGGCACGGAUCCGGAGUUGGGCUCUGAUGGGGAACCCAAGGUAAAUGCCGACGCAGUGGUGGCCAUGUACAAGGAUUAUGUCAUCCCUCUUACCAAGGAGGUUGAGGUUGAGUAUCUUAUGCAGCGGCUGGAAGGUACUGAAUGGGCAUGACUAAAAUCAUAGAGCACACAUGGUUAUGUGUUUGAGAAACAAUAGACCUGCCUGGAUAGAAGGGCGAGGAGAGGGUUUUCAUUGUUCAUAGCGAUUUGGGUAUAGAAGCAAGCACCGCCCACGGGAGAGGUGUCAAUCUAUAGGACUUUCUCAUUCCGGC